UUCACCCUCACUUUUAUUCCACUCCUCCCCACUAUUAUCUGCGCUUGACCAGUGUACUGAUAUUGAAGUCGCAAUAUUUUCCCUAUAAGGAUCUUUUUCAACUGAAUCGCGUGUAAAACGCCCAUCGACCGUGCGGGGAGAGGAAUCCCAUCACUCAGCACCAAUUACCCAUUGAUUGAUCGACUACACUCUACUACCUAAUUAUUCGCAUACAAUCGGGGAAAACCAAAGCGAACCAAAAAAAUGCCUCUCGAUACCUCUACCACAUAUCCUCUCACGAAGCUCCGCCUCGACGGCCGACGAUGGAACGAACUCCGUUUGAUCCAGGCCCAAAUCUCGACGAACCCCGCCAGCUCCGGGUCAUCUUACCUGGCAAUGGGAAACACAGCUCUCCUGUGCUCUGUACACGGGCCUGCAGAGGGACGCCGGAGCGAUGCAACAGGCGGUGCUGCAGGCUCGUCAGAGGCCGUUGUCGAAGUCGACGUCAAUAUUGCCGGGUUCGCUAGUGUUGACCUCAAAAGAAGAGCGGGCGGCAGUGACAGACAAUCCGGGCGCAUCGCAUCGACCUUGCGUGCUGCCUUCCAGUCCCAUCUGCACACAUAUCUCUACCCGCACAGCACAAUCAGCAUCCACGUCUCCGUGUUAUCGGCCGAUGGGUCUGUCCUAGCGGCGGCGAUCAACGCCUGCACGCUUGCCCUUGUAGACGCCGGCGUUCCGAUGCCCGGUCUGCUGUGUGGCUGCACAGCUGGAAUGAGCGGGAGUGCUUCGACCCCACGAGAUCCGCAGAACGACUUCCUCGACCCUCUCUUGGACGUCUCUCUCCCCGAGGAGCAGGAACUCCCCUUCCUCACCGUUGGAACAACGACCUCGAUCCCUGUCGGGGAGAAUGCCGCCGACGACGACAACGACAACGACAACGCAGCAGACAUGAAGGUUUCCAUGUUGACCAUGGACUCCAAGGUCCACCACACCUACGUGGAAACAAUGCUAGCCGUGGGAGUUGACGGCUGCAGACAAAUCCGGGAAAUCCUAGAGGGUGUAAUCAAGGGCUCAUCAUCGUCAACCCACCGGUGAUGCGAGCGGAUCUUUCCCCCUUUCCUCCUCUAUAUUUACCUGAUCUACGAGUGGUUAAAAGAAAAGCAUGGAAGCGAGGUUUUGUUUAUCCGCAAUGGUUAUGAAUAAGGGAGGUGUUAGGAGUUGAAUCCCAUUCCGUACCGAAUCUUUACUAAGUACUACUAACUACUACUAACUACUACUACUACUACUACUACUACUACUACUACUAAUAAUAAUAGUUAGUAGUUAGUUAGUAAGUUUAUCGCCUGCUUAGUGUACAUCCUGGGCAGACACCAACACUUUACAUACAUAGUACAAG